AUGACAUUUGCUAACUUAUUAGCAGUAAUGAAUUUGUUCAGAAAAUAUGUGUAUUCUGUAAAAAGAGACAUCUUUACACUUUUCGUAAAUUCUUGCAUUUUAGUUUACUAUCCCCUCCUUUUAUUUAUGAACUUUUUUACAACAAGUGAGGUUCGAUCAAUGAUAAAACUAUUAUUCAAGAAUGUAACUUUUCACACAGUUGAAAAGUCUUAUAUGGAAAAUUGUAACUCACUAGAAAAUGUUAUGGACAAAAUUGACAUUUUUGUAAUAGCCCAUUUGGCAGGAUGGUUCAUCAAGGCAAUUGCCAUUCGUAACUUUUUCGUAUUAAAUCUCACUAGUGUGACAUUCGAAUUGUUAGAAUUAAGAUUUCAGCACAUUUUGCCAAACUUUUAUGAGUGCUGGUGGGAUCAUAUAUUAUUAGAUAUCUUGGGGUGUAAUUUGUUAGGAAUACUGAUAGGCCUCGCCUUUAUGAAGUGGCUAAAUAUGCCCCUAUAUUCCUGGAAGGUGCGAGAUAAGUUUAAACCGAAUAAAAAAGGCAUUAUAUUUCCAAAACUUGACACAAUGCUAAGGAAGGUAUUCACAAAUAGUCGUACCGUGGUAUUAUUAAUUUUUUACUCCCUCAUGACAAAUCUGAUCGAUUUAAACGUAUUUUUUUUAAAGGCAGAAUUGCAAUUGUUACAAACAAAUUUUUUAGUCAUGAUGAGAGAAUUGUUCAUUGCCACAAUUCUGAUGUAUGGCUCCAUCCAUCUGAAUCUUCUCCUUACAGAACACUUUACCCCCAAACGAUUGUAUUAUUCCCUUGCUGCAAGCGGGGUUCUUCUGUUAGAACUCUAUUUGUCCUUUAGGUGGAAACACAACUUGGUGUCUGACAAUUCUGACUUAACUAAUAUUAACAUGGUAUGGUUCUCGAUAUUCGCAACCCUUUUGUCAGCAAUGGCCCUUCUUUUUGUCAACGAAUCUCGUACUUCAACAAAAUGA